AUGGCGAGGCCGAUAGAUUAUUCCAAGUGGGAUGACAUCGCAUGCUCCGACGAUGAGGACGACGCGAAAGAUGCGCCUCACCGCCUGCCGUACUCAUCGGAUGAGAUCAGCGGCUACAAGGUGCGGCAGAAUGCACCCAAGAACGACUACCCCAAGCGGUGUGCGGCGAUGGGCUGCACCGCCACGGCGCCUGCCGGAUCACCGAUGCCGAUGUGCCAGCAGUGCUCGCUGGUCCACUACUGCUCGAAGCAGGUGAGAAAGGCAAAAGCGGAGGGGCGCAUCCAUCCAUCCAUGGAUGUGUGUGUAUCUCUGUUGUUUCUCGGUUGUGCUGUCUGUCAGUGUCAGGUAGAUGACUGGAGGAGGCGCCAUAGGAAGGAGUGUAAGAGUGCACAGAAGGAGUUCUCCCGUCCCCCUCUGCACCACAACCGGGCGGCCGUCAUGUUCAUCUACGGGUGGCUAGACGAGGAUGCCUUCUUCUCACUGCAGGUGAGAGAGCCUUUUCUCGACAGAGAAAGGGAAUACAAGACAUGGCUCUCUCGUCUUCUUGAAUGCAGCGCGGGUCUCAGCAGGAGAUCCUCAGAGAGUUCGUGACGGCCGGCCAGCACUCCGGCUGGCUGAUGCUCAGACUUCGCCAGUUCCACGACCGCAGCUUCUGGUACGGCUGUCACGGUGCCAUCGCAAUGAGUACGUGCCUGUGUAUAUGUGCCCUCUCUGUCUGUCUGUCUGUCUGUCUGCAGCGUCGUUGGGCUGCACAACCCGGACAAUCCGCAGGGGUCGCGGCCUCGGUGCGCAUACACGACGGGCGAGGACGGCGCGGCCAUAUAUCCCUGCUUCAUGCUAGCCCCAGUGGCACGGCGAGGAGCCGAGAUGCCCUGCUGCCCCCGCAACCCUAAGAUGCUGGUGAUGCUGGAGGCAGCGCGCAGGACGCUCAAGACGGCCAUCGAGACCUGCAUGAAGGACCCGAGGCAUAGGGUGUUUCCCGUGUCGUUUGUGACGGUCACAGACGCGUGUGACACCCUUUUUUGGCGCAAGGAGGUGGUGAUCACCGAAAUGUGGACGUCUAGCGGCCUCCAGAAUCGUGUGUGGUAUUUGCGGCCGUCGAUCGACAUCACGCUGAGCAAUGCACUGGUAAGGUCUAGGGGGCUGCCGCGAAUAAGAAAGACACCGCAAUUCUGUGUACGUGUGUCUUGUGGUCAGAUGGAGGCGAGUUACGAGGUAUUCGGGCACGAGCUUGGCCAGAUCCUGGCAGAGAGAUGGGCCUCGUGUGGCCAUCGCAUUAUUAGCAUACCAGAGGACUAUUUGCGGCGUGAGGCGUGGCAGCGCAACCUAGUCAACCGCAUCGCCACAGACGGCGGCGCGGUCGGCCUCGACGCCAUCUGCGAACAGAAGGCAUGGCGACAGCCGCCCCGCCCAUGUAAUGUGAGGGUGUCUGCAGAUGGGGGUGGCGGCCGAUGA